CCCGUUUGAUACGCAUGAAUGGGAAGCAAAUUUCACAGCGGAAGUGGCGUAGGGUGGAUUUGCGGCUGGUGGCUGUUCUGGCCUUCUACGCGCUGACGUUUCAUGGUGCGUGGGCUCCGGUCCUGGGCGGCGGAGAAGAUGGCGGUGUGCGCAGGUGUUAAGAUGCCUCGUAACUUCCGGUUAUUGGAAGAACUUGAAGAAGGGCAGAAAGGUGUAGGAGAUGGCACAGUCAGCUGGGGCCUUGAAGAUGAUGAAGAUAUGACCCUCACUAGGUGGACAGGAAUGAUAAUUGGACCCCCUAGGACAAAUUAUGAAAAUAGAAUCUACAGCUUAAAAAUAGAAUGUGGGCCUAAAUACCCAGAACACCCACCGACAGUUCGGUUUGUAACAAAGAUAAAUAUGAAUGGAAUAAAUAAUUCCAAUGGCAUGGUGGAUUCUCGAAGCGUACCUAUUUUAGCUAAGUGGCAAAACUCCUUUAGCAUUAAAGUUGUGCUUCAAGAACUUAGACGCCUCAUGAUGUCCAAAGAAAAUAUGAAGCUUCCACAGCCACCAGAAGGACAAACCUACAACAAUUAAUUCAUAUGGAAUGAUUUCUGUACUUCCUCUGUUGCCUCCACCACAUAUUCUGGAUGGGCCUGCAAUAUCAGUUGUUGCAUGCCUUUCCAUCUGAGAGGGAUGACCCUUUUGGCCCUAGCAAACCUGUUCUGGGCACAAUUUGCACAUGAUUCAUAUGCCUGAAUGUGUCUUCCAGUUUUGAAGACUACCAGUCACAGAUAUUGUAUGCGACAAAAGUAGAUGAUUUAUUCCCAUCACCUAUGUUGCAACCUUUAUCCCAUUCAUUCAAGAAUAUGUUUAAACAUGUAUUUGGGGUUAGGUUGUUUAAAAAAAAAAAAAUUAUUUAUUUCCAUUAUAAUGUUAAUUGCAGAUCACCGCUCCGAUCGCUGAAAUUUACACAUCUUCGUUGUUUCUAAAGAGCAGCAGUUCAUGUUCUGGUAUUAACUGAAAACCACCUGUUUAUAUUUGUAUACAAAUAUAUACACACGUAAAUAUUCUCUGUGCUGUCCAGAGACCCAGAUGAUAUUUGAACGUGGUAAUGUUAGUUUUCUAUUACAUUUUUUUCUGCAUUUAUCCCUUUGCUAGGUCUAUUGCAUUUCAGAUGAAUGUUUCAACGACCAAAGAUGAUGCAACGAUGUCAGUUGUGCAGCGUCUACAUAAGAUACGGCGAGGUUUCUGAUUUUGGAUACUGUGGCUGUCCUAGGCUUAGACUUAGCCUUUCUCUUGCAGUUUGGGAGUUUUUUCUUUUGUUUUAAUAUCAAAUACCUAUUUUCUAUUUAUUUUUUAACUAUUACUCUUGUAUUUGUAGGUUUAUGCUUUGCAGAACAUGAAAUCUAUUUAAACUUAAGAGGCAGAAUUCACCCAACCAAUUGCUUGCAGUCAGUGUGGUUUAUUACAGCCGUCCCAGAUUGAAUUUGACAUUGAAGGUUUCAAUUAAGAUUUAUUUUAGCGACUGGAAGCUCAGAUUUUUCCUGUACGCACUCGUCAUGUACACAUCCAGAUGAACAUAACAUGAACUGCUCCUCUGUCAUUGCUGUUAUAGAGGAAUUGUCACAGGCACAAAAAAAGCAAAUUGCAUAUGUUAAAAAAAAAAAAAAAGCCUCCGACUAUCAUAGAGCCUCACAAGGUAAAGCAUGAAGUGAAGUUGUCCGGUUAUCUGUUUGCUUUUAGAGUUAAUGUGUGUUUCACUCCCUAAUCAGAGAUAUGUAAAUGUAAACAGAAUCUGUACACUAAUGCUAGCUGUUGAGACGGGAAUGCUUACAUCAUUUAAAUUGUCAAAUUUACUGGAUUCCAAUGCUGUUUUCUUUUUCACCAAGAGGCACAGAAGUUAUUGGUGUCAAAACACGGUUGAGUUUGACCUCGUUCGUUUUAUUUAUGAAAUGAGAUUUUGAUUUCUGUAAAGCAGCUCCUGUUUGUUACAUGUAACGAGCAGCAGACCUUUGUUUACAGUCUUUGUUCCAAUAAAUUGUAUUCAAGUUUCAGUGCCACUGAAGUAUAACAAGAGGAAACGACUAUAUGAAUAAUGUGAUCCUGAGACUGCAGCUAGUCUUACAAUGUAAAUAAAAUGUGGAAAGCGUU